CUCCGCGCGGCUAUCUCGGUUUUGCUUGCCUUCAGUUCGCUGUCGUGAGCACACCUGAACAGGUGACUCGCUCCGCCGUUUGAUAAACCUCGUAUCCGACACUACUAGCCGGCGGCGCACCGGCUCCAAACGUUUCUAUCUCGAACACUCCGUAGAAUAUAAAACCAAAAGUACUUCGUAAACAAAGUGCGAAUAGUGAUCAAUUACGGCGGGCAAAUCGGGAUUAUCGGUGCGAGCGAUGCUCCGUUUAACGCCGGCAGCUCACCUGGUCAGGUGAGCACGGUUCGUGUGCUUCUCGGUUUAUCAGUAACGCGCUGACAGUCCGCGCGUCGAAGCCUAAUGAAAUCCUCGGGUCCCUCGAGCACCGCAUCGAGCACCUGACAAAUCAUUCACACACUCACACACAUACGCGCAUACCGUCAAUUAAAGAUCAUUCUUCGUUCGAGAUCCUACUUUCGGUGCCGGUCGUUUUUCCAGCAAGCCGCCAGUGGAACAAUGAAAGAUCGUGACUUUCGAACGAAGUGACAUGUAACCAGUGAAAGUACGGGGACAAUUUGUUACGCAGUGAUGUCCGAGAGUAAUCCGUUACAGAGACCAAGUAAACUGACAGUAUGAGCAUCGAAGUGUUCUAAUUUCACGGGGGAAAAGGGGGACAGUAUAUUCCGGUGAACUGGUAACGAAAACGUGACCGUAACGAGGAAGAUCGCCGGCUGGGACAGCUUCGUGGAAACCACGACCAAGUUGUUCGUCCCAAUUGAACGCGUCUGGGUCCACGGCGUUCGAAAUCAUUUGAAUACGCGGAUUCGACGGCGGGAAGUAAUCAUGACAAUUAAAGGAUGGUCGCCACCAAGAUGACCUUGAGGAAACCGACCACCACAUUCACGCGGCUGUUGCGUUCGUACAAGAGGCGCAGAUUCAAGCACGAAUGGCUCGCGUUCGUAUUUAUGUGCCUUUUGACUGGUUGUUCGGCCAGGAACAAUCCUCCACGGUUUCUCAUCGACGGCCAGACGGAAAUUAUUCUCCGACUAAAGGAAGGCUCUGAUACACCUGUCGGCAGUUUAAUUUACAGGCUUCGUGGCGUCGAUCCUGACGGUGACAGCCUGACGUUCGGUGUUAGAGACCAACCUGGCAGCGACGUGAUUCGGGUCGAGAAUUUUAACUCAAACGAGGCCAAUAUUUACCUGAACAAAUUACUGGACAGAGAGGCCAGGGACGAGUACGCAUUGGUGCUGACAUUGACAGACGGAAGGCUGGGAGAGGGAAACUUCAUUACUCAGAGCUUACUGUUGCUCGUGGAAGAUGUCAACGACAACGUUCCAAUUUUCCGUCCUCAUCCAACGUCUCUGACGAUUCGGGAGGACUCUGGACCAGGAAUUCUGACCACUGUCGAAGCGACCGACGCUGACUUAGGUGUCCAUGGACAGGUGGUUUACUAUCUCCAAGAGCUUGAUGGUGACAACGACGUGUUCAGCAUUGCCACUGUCAAUGGGAAGGGCGUCGUGCGACUUGUCGGUCGCUUGGACUACGAGAGGAAGUAUUUGUACCAGCUGAGAAUCUUAGCUAUCGAUCGGGCUAUUAAUGAGAAGGUAAACACAGGAACAACCGCGAUACUCGUUAAGGUUCAAGACGUCGAGGACCAACCACCGGAAUUCAUAACCAUGACGCCUGUUGCUAGGAUCAGUGAAAAUGCAAGGAUAGGAACGUCCGUUCUUCAAGUGCGAGCAGUGGACGGCGACAAAGGCAUAAACAACAAAGUGACCUACAGCAUCACCAAGGGGCCAAGAUACCUAUUCGACAUUGACGCCACUUCCGGUUUAGUGUUCACCAGGGCGCAGCUCGAUAGAGAGGCCGAGGAAAACGCGGAGGGCGCUUUCGUCUUGGAAAUUACCGUAAGAGAGGUGUCGAAAAUAGUACCCGCGCCAUCGGUGUCGACGGAAGUUACCAUCAUUCUUACGGAUGUUAACGACGAGACGCCUAAGUUCCGAAACCCGCGAUACCGCGCUGAGAUUAAUGAAAACGCGCCGUACAAUACCCCGGUUAAUUUCAUCGGAGAUGCGAUACCGGAAGUCUACGAUCAUGAUCUGGGAACGAACGGCACUUUUCGGAUAUUCGUCGAUGGUGAUGACGGAAUCUUCGACGUUACGCCAUCCAGAGGAAUUAACGAAGCUCCGUUUCUAAUACGUGUUAAGAAUUCCAGCAAACUCGAUUUCGAGAAGAGAUCAGAGGUGAAUUUUACAUUAAUCGCUAAAGAAGUGGUACCGGUGAAACCGAAAUACAGUAUAGCGCCAGUGACUGUGUUCAUAAAAGACCAGAAUGAUAAUUAUCCAGAGUUCACUGAGAACAUCUACGAAGUGUCGAUUCCAGAGAAUUGUGCUGUGGGUACUACAGUGGCAUGGGUUCAGGCAUUGGACGAUGACAGCGGCAAUUUUGGCACUCGAGGAAUUCGAUACACGCAUUUGGGUGGCAGUAUUGCACACGCACUGUCAAUGGAUCGUCAGACAGGUGUGAUCACGGUGACGGAACCAGGUCCGAGUUUCGAUCGAGAGUUAAUGGCUCGACACUAUUUGACCAUCGAAGCAAGGGACGAUCUUGGAAAGGGAAAUCGCAACACAGCGCAGUUAAUUGUCAAUAUCAACGACGUGAACGAUAAUGCACCUGUAUUUUUGCAAAAUAAAUACGAGGCGGUGCUUUUGGAAAACGAAGGCAACUUUGAGUCACCGUUGGUCGUCGAAGCUUUCGACAUCGAUUUGAAUGGUACCAAGAACAGCGAAGUGAUUUAUGCCCUUGUAUCGGGAGAAUUUUCACGGAAUUUUACGAUCGAUCCAAAACGUGGCAUCAUCGUCCCAACAUCGCCGCUAGAUUAUGAGGAAUUACCAGUCAAUCAAGGACACAAAGCGUCAUCGGUGCGGCCAUUGAGAUUGACAGUGAGGGCGAGGGAUGCUGGCACGCCGAGCUUGACUUCGGAUGCGCCGUUAAUUAUUUAUUUGAAGGAUAUUAAUGACAACGCGCCUGCUUUUGAGAGGACGAUGUACAAGAGAAGCAUACCUGAGGAUUUGGGCGGAGGCACGAGCGUGGUUCAGGUCAAAGCAUGGGACAAGGACCUAUCGUCGCCGAACAAUAAAUUGGUUUAUAGAAUCCAAAACGGUGCGGGUGAUAAAUUCGUAAUUAGUCCCGAGACAGGCGUGAUUAGGGUCGCGCCCGGUUCGAAUUUGGAUCCUGAUCUGACGUCCCCGAAAACAACGAGAUACAGCUUAAACGUGCUUGCGAUUGACAGCGGCACGGAGAUCCAGAGGACAGCCGAGGUGCUCGUUAAUAUCACAAUCGUGGACGUUAAUAAUAAGCCACCGGUCUUCGUAGAUCCCGGCACUGUUACUAUUCGAGAAAAUACUCAGGUCGGAUCAUACGUGCACCGUGUUGUCGCAAACGAUCCCGAUAUCGCGCCGAUUUUACGAUAUCGUAUCGAUCCGAAUUCAUCCGAAGCGAGGAACGAAGAGGGGACGCUAAUUAAAAUCCAAGAAUACGAUUAUCUAUCCGCGUUGGAAUUAAAUUCUCUCGAUGGUUUGCUUCGAGUUGUUAAAUUGCUGGAUAGAGAAAGAGUGGAGACGAUCAGGCUGGGUCUUGUAGUUGAGGAUCUGGCUGCUGUUAGGGGAGUGCAAACUGCCUUCGCAACGUUGAAUAUAAUAAUCGAGGACGAAAACGAUAACAAUCCGAGGUUCCGCCGACCGUUCUAUAGAAGAUCGGUCACAGAGAACAGUAAAAAUGGUGUGAACAUUGCUAAUAUUGUGGCCGACGAUGCCGACAAGAAUCGCAGCAUAACUUAUACGUUAGAAAGCCCGCAGGAAUUGACGGAUUUAGUACAUCUUGAUUCUGAAACCGGCGAAAUGGUCGUCGCGAAUAAAAUCGAUAGAGAACAAUAUUCCUGGCUCAAUCUAACUGUUCGAGCAACCGAUUCGGGAAUACCGCCAAGAUCGAGCCUCUCGGAAGUUUAUGUUCAGGUGUUGGACGAGAACGAUAAUAAUCCGUACUUCGUGACCGAUAUUAGUAACUUGACGGUAAUGGAGAAUGCUAAGAUAGGUACCGAGAUCGCCGUGAUCCAAGCUAACGACCCUGACAGCGGUGAUUAUGGGAAGAUUACUUACCUACUUGAUAGAAUGUCGUCUCAGGGAACCUUUGCUAUUCAUCCUGAAUAUGGCGCACUGACAGUAGCAGAUUCUAUCGAUUGGGAGGCUAAGCAAAGUUAUGUCCUUGUAAUUGAAGCGUGGGACAAUUAUCAAUUCGGUUACACUGCCGGCGAAUCCAGGAAUGCUUUUAAGCAGAUCCAAGUGACAGUAGCCGAUGUCAACGACAAUGCUCCGAAAAUGGACAUUCCAUCAUCGUGCAUCACUAUAUCGGAGUUCCACGAUAUGAAAGAUUUAAUUUUCAUCAUCAAAGCGAAGGAUGCAGACGAUCCAACAACGCCAAACGGUCGGGUGAAGAUUAGAAUCAUUUCUGGAAACGAACUAGGUUUCUUCAUACUGGAGCAGGUAGACUACUGGACGGCAAGCAUAAAAGCAGCGCACUCGCUUCGAGGAAAAUUUGGCAAUUAUUCACUGUCACUGGAGGCACGCGAUCUUGGCAGUCCCUCCAACAAAGACGCCGCGACUCUGAAUAUUUGCGUCACCGACUACAAUGACAAUCCACCGGUGUUUAUUAGCCCCCAGCAUAACACGACGAUCCGUGUACCAGAGAAUGUGACGAUUGGGACACCAAUUAUUCAAAUCGAGGCCAAAGAUGCAGACACAGGUCCGAAUGGGGAUGUUCAUUAUCGACUUAAACAAGAUUUGGCUGGUCAUUGGAGAACUUUCGAUAUUGAUGACAUAACUGGGGUUGUUUCUCUGAAGCUUCCCUUAGAUAGAGAAACUCAAAAAUUGUAUGAGAUCAGGAUAGAAGCGUUCGAUUUAGGCACGCCGACGCCCCUGAGUUCGGAUCUAGAUCUAAUAAUCUACGUCCGAAAUAUCAACGACUACGAGCCACAAUUUUUAGUAGACAUUUUCAAGACGAACUUCACCGAGCAACAAUUUCCUGGCACAGAAACGAUCGUGCUACCUCAGACCGUCGACCGUGACGAUAUCGACGAGCUCGAGGAUCCUCCGGCACAAGUUUGCUACUUCAUAGUCAGCGGAAACGACGAUGGUUUCUUUGUCCUUGACGUAUUCAAACACGAGUUAACCACGGCUAAAACGUUGGACAGAGAGCAACAACAGCAACAUUUACUGGUUAUCAAGGCAACGGAAGACUGCAACACAGUUCCGACAAAUGACAGCUUCAUCGAGGAUGCCACUGAUACCACGUUGAAAGUCAUUAUAGACGUGACUGACGUGAACGACAAUCCUCCAAAAUUCGUCAGCAAAAUAUUUACCGGCGGCGUGACCACGGACGCUGAUUUUGGUACACAGUUCAUGCAAGUCAAGGCGAUCGAUCUAGAUGCUGGAGAAAAUGCAGUAAUUAGUUACUACCAAGUCGACAAGAUUCACAUGACGUUGACAGAGGGUCUGGAUGACAUCGAGAUACAGCCUUUCCUCGUUCACAAACACACUGGCGUUGUGAGUCUGAACUUUGAUCCACAAAGAGGAAUGAAGGGAUAUUUCGAUUUUAUGGUCUUAGCUAACGACUCACACGGUCUUCAAGAUACAGCCAGAGUGUUCAUUUAUUUACUAAGAGAAGAUCAAAGGGUUCGUUUCGUACUGAGGCAACACCCACCGGAAAUCCGGAACAAAAUUGACACGUUCAGAGAGACACUGGGAAACGUGACGGGAGCGAUAGUGAACAUCGACGAGUAUAAAACCCAUGAGAACCAUGACGGUUCCGUCGACCGUACGAAAACGGACCUCUAUUUGCAUCUUGUCAAUCGCCGUGACAAUUCCAUCCUGGAGGUGUCCGAGGUUCUCGAGUUGGUCGACAGAAACAUUGAAAAGCUCGACGGCCUGUUCAAGGAAUUCAAUGUUCUCGACACGCAACCAGCCCAGUAUCAGCCGAUUAUACAGUACGAGCAAGCGGGGACGACUUUUUGGCUUUUGACUUUGACCCUGUUUCUAGGCGCACUGCUAAUUUUGUGCAUAGCUCUGUGCCUUUCACAAAGAGCCUCGUUUCGCCGGCAAUUGAAGGCAGCGAACGCGUCGCCUUUCGGUACAUCGGACGCAGAGUUCAUCAGAGGUCCCGGACGAGUACCGAACACUAACAAGCACAGCGUGGAAGGUUCGAACCCAAUAUGGAUGCACGCUUAUGAGAACGAAUGGUUUAAAAGCGACGAGUCCAUUAGUCACACUUCUGAACGGGACUCUCUUGAUGAGAAUGCACUGAACAACGAAGAGAUGAUGAACGAAGUGAACACGAACCAAAGAAGCGAAGACAAACCGUAUUACAUCGAGCCAAGAGUGUCUUCCAUUUCGAGAAUGCCCUUUUCAGGAGCAUGGUGCAAAGUAUGGAUUUAUUUCGGGUUCGUGUUCGCAUGGACAAAAGGGGCUCGUCCCCGUUUCGAUACCUCCACGGACAUGGGAUUAGUUUUGGUGCCAGCAGAUGCAGAAGUUGAUUCAGUGAUUUUUAGGCUACGCGCGACUGACCAGGAUGCUGAUUUUCCACUUGUCUUUGAAAUAACUGCUACAAUCACACCUGUUGUAAGGAUCGACAAUCUUCCCUGCACCCUGUACAACAAAGUGUGCCAGGCUAAUGUGAUUCUAACGAAACGACUAGUUCCUGGACGCCUCCACGAUUUUGCCGUGAGGGUUAGGGACACGAAGGGUGACUCGAACUCGAUGCAAGCCACUAUUUCUGUGACGAACGCCACUACCCCACGUGAUAAAAUAUUCCCGCACAUACCUUCCCUCAUAAUGGUGCCCGAGGACACCAAACCCGGCAAAGAAUUGGAUUAUCUUCUUGCAAGAGCCAAUUCGUGGAGCGGAAAACCAGUUUACAUCGAACUCUGGCAACCGAAGGAGUUGUUUACUAUAAGGCAACGACAAACACCCACGCAGACGCGAGGAGUGAUUACUCUGAUCGGGGAAUUAGAUUUCGAAACACAGUCCGUGUACACGCUGACCAUGUAUGCUACGGAUCCCUAUACAGAGCCUGGAAAGGAUACCAGAAAUAUUGCUGGCCUAAAUGUGGUUGUUAUAGUCACAGAUGUACAAGAUGUUCCACCAAUUUUCACAUUAGCGCCACCUCUCACGAGAAUUAACAAUUCUGUGCAACCUGGUGAUAUAGUGUUACGGGUGCACGCGGAAGACGGGGAUAAAGGAGUUCCACGUGAAGUUGUGUACGGUCUCGUGUCGGAGGGCAAUCCUUUCACGCUGUUUUUUAACGUUUCGGAAACUAGCGGCGAAAUCACGCUUGCCAGACCACUGGAGGAGCUGACGCAGAUUACGCACGUCGGUGCGCCCGUAGUCCUCACCGUGGUCGCCGAAGAACUGCGAAGAAGCAGGGACGAGCCACCAGCACAGGCGACAGUUGUCGACGUUGGCUUCCUUCUUGGAGAACCGGGCAACACGCCGCCAUAUUUCGAAAGUGAUAAUUAUGUUGCUAUGAUCGAUGAGAAUCUGGAUCCUGGUACUGUGAUAAACUUUGGCGAACAAUAUACGACCAGAGUGAAAGACGAAGAUAUUGGAAAAGCUGGUGUGUUCGCAUUGAAGCUGGAGAAUAAUAAUGGCACCUUCGAAAUCAAUCCAACUGUUGCAGAAAGAACUGCCGAUUUUAUUGUUAUUGUUCGAGAUAACACGCUCAUUGAUUAUGAACUGUACAAAGCUCUAACUUUUAAGAUUAUUGCUCAAGAAGUUGGUCCCGCGACGAAUUUAUCUGCGUCAGUGCCAGUCACGAUACUUUUAAGAGAUGUUAAUGACAAUCCUCCAGUGUUUGAUCAGAAAAUAUACGAGGUAACGCUGUCCGAAAAUGUCACCGUGGGGUCUCGCGUAAUACAGGUUCACGCUACAGAUAUAGACACGGGAACUUAUGGUGACAUUCGCUAUACUGGCAUAACCGGUGAAGGUAGCAAAGGCUUUGUCAUAGAUCCGGGCACAGGAUUAAUUACAGUCGGCACGGGAUCUUACUUGGAUCGAGAGGUUGCCGCGAGACUGGAAUUAUCCGUAGAGGCUCGAGACGCGAAUGGCACUGGAAAUACUGGAAUUGCUCCUCUGAUAGUCAAUCUGCUGGAUGUCAAUGAUAACCCGCCGAUAUUCGACAGGAGCAUGUACGAGUUUAUGCUAAAUACGGAUUUGACGAAUUUCACUUCGCCGGCUUUUGUUAAGGCUGUUGACGCGGACGCAGAGUCGCCCAACAACAUAGUUAGAUACGAAAUAACUCAUGGCAAUUACGAGAAUAAGUUCUAUUUGAACGAAACUAGUGGUGAAUUGAUUCUUCGAUCGCCGAUAACGAAGAUCAGACGAAAGAAACAAAGCGCCUAUGACACGUUCGCUAAGAAAGGUGGUAAGAAGUUAGUGAACAAUCAAAAUAACCCACCCGGAAUUACGCUAACUGACUAUUCCGAUAUGGUCGAAAGCGUGCCGACGGAGAAAAGUCGAAAUAAAACUGUUUCAACACUUGUAGACGAAGCGAUUGCUAUGAAGAUGAAGAUGAAAAUUAGUCGGCGGAAACGUGAUCAGAUGAAUGCAUUGUAUACUCUCACUGCCAGAGCAUAUGACUUAGGUAUUCCCCACCUUUCAAGCGAAACAGAAAUUCGCGUCCUCAGCGGAACAGCAAUGGAGGCUCGCGUAAUGAUGUUCGUGGUACCUGGUGAACAGCCAAAUUCGACAAAGACUGCUGAGACUUUGUCGACCAUCACUGGCGGUCGUGUUACGAUAUUAGAAAUUCGUCCUUUUAUUCCACAGAACAAUACUGGCAGCACGACUCUACCCGGGGAAGGCAAAAAAAGCAUUGUCGUAGCACUCGUCGAGCAAAUCGAGCCAGGCACACCGCUGGUGGACGUGGAAAAAAUUCGUGAAAUUCUAGCAGCUAAUGGCGUGGGGAUCAUUAAUGGCACGGACACCGAGACGACGGUGAAUACUCCUGACACUAAUACACCUGUCAAUGGCAACACCCAUAGUAAUAAUGGCCAAACAACCGUCGUUAACAACACCGUUACCAAUGUACACAGCGAAGAAGUGACGGUCUACAAAGCAGAAAACAAGCUCUUGCUAUGGCUGUUAAUUAUUUUGGGCUUGCUCAUGCUGUUGGCCAUCGCCAUCUUGAUCACUUGUUGCAUUUGCCCCGGCUGUCCGUUUUAUAUGGCACCAAGGAAAAGACGGGUGCAUUCUUCGGAAACUCUAGUUGUCAGAUCAGACGGCAGGCCGAAACGUCAUCUUCAUAGACAACCAGCUGGAACAACAGAAGUAUCGUGGAACGGAAGGAAACAAGCAUGGAGCGCCGAUCCAACGAGACGAAACUGGCAGUUCAAUAAAAGAAACGUUAAAAACUGUUCCCUUCCCGGUGACGUUGCUUAUAUAUCCGGUCCACCGAAUGACGUUCACUUGAAUCACGACGCUCACAGAUUAGGGGACGCUGGUUCCUAUGAUCAUUCUAGAAAAAUUCGGAUGGACGAGCAGGAUAGAAUGUACAUGGAGGAGAUGGAAGGACCAAAGCAAAGGGGUUACGACAUGCCAGAGAUGGAUUCUCUGCAACGGCACGAAAUGGAGAGGGAGUCGGACACACAGCGUCAAGGAUACAGGCAAAGGUCCGGUCCCCGCUACAUGGAACCCCCGAUGGGCGAAGAAUCAGUAAGGGAACAACAUUUCUACCGCGAAGGAAACGCGGAAGUCCUCCGACUGGUGACCAGAGGAGAACUCGACGACUCCGCAACUGGUCAUCCCCAUCAUCGCCACCACGGUCCCACAACACUGAUCGUCGACGGGAAAGACAUAAUCCUGCAGAGAUUCAUAGAAGAUCAAAAAGUCAGGCCGGACCUAUCGAUGCAAGACGUGGAGGCAGCUCGCAUCAUGGAGUCCCAUCAGCGAUCUAAAGAGAUAUUCCAGCAGCAGCCAGAGAUCAUCUUGAUCCCGGACAGACUGGAACUAGGCCAUAGACAGCAUAUCGAGGAAAUAGGACCCACCAUUCAGAGGCUGGUGAUCGAUCACGGGGACUACGAGUCGCAGAAGACUGGGAAGGGCUCUCAAAUCGGGGAAUCCUUGAGGCAGGAGAAGCUGGAGGGCUUGAGCACCGAGGCGAUGGGCACUGAGAGGUCUUCGAUGCCCAAGGAGCAAGCUAGCAAAACGCAGUACUCUUUCACAGACCUGGAGCUGGCUAGACAGAAAGCACUGCUGGCUCGGAUACUGCUGAAGCGGGACAACCGGCACCUAGAUGGCGGGCUACUGGACUCUGCUAGCUACUUGGAGACUCAAAGUCUCCCUGGUCAGGUAGCGAUUGCCACUCAGACAGACAGGACAGCAGCAACACAAACGGAUCGCCACGUCAGAAGCAGGAGCGACAACGACGAAUCGGAUGAGGACUCUAGACACCGGAAGAAGCUGAAGUCCAGAAAGAAGUACGGCGACGGAGACUGGAAAAGGACGCGCACCUUGUGGAUGAAGUCGCCGAUCGAUGAGAAGAGCAGUCCUUGCUUCGACAAGCGGCUGAGCAUCCUCCAGAAGAAGAUGAAGGAGGUGAAGGAGGACAGGAAGAUCUCCUUGGAGCCGGACGUGCUGAGAGAGAUCUCGGAUUCUCUGAACGGCAACGGGACCUCCUACCAACCCGAAGAGGACAAGUCCAAGCACCGGAAGUCGGAGCAACCUAGCGUCAGCUACAAAAUACUGAACGACACGGAAAACGACUCGUCCUCCUCGAUGGAGCUCAGGAAGAAGAAGCAAACUUUCGGCGAGAAAAGCUGCGAAGACCUGAGCGACGACCAGAAGAUGAACGGCACCGAAUCCUUGUCGUCUCCUGACGUCAAAGUGAAACGGGACAAACGGGCGGAGAAGAGUCCGAAGAAGGAGAUGAAGUCGCAGAGCGCGAAGAAGUCGGAGAGCUCGAUGAAGCCGAGCUUCAGGAUCCUGGAGAAGGAGUUCACCAUGCUGACCAAGAAGUUCAGCAAGCUGGGAGAGAAGAAGUUCCAAGAGAGCACCGGCAGUGACAGCACGAGCCAGGAGAAGCCGGAGCCGAAGAAGGAACCGGGGCAGAAAGCCUCGAAGAAGCCUGACGUGGCGAAGCCGAGCGAAACGGCGAAGCCCGAGCAGAAGGUGAAACAGAAGAAGGAGACUGCUAUUGCCAAGACCAAGCAGAAGCUGAGGUAUCAACAGUCGAACGUUAUGAGCACCGGCAGCUCGGAGUUCGACGAGCUUUUCGAGAAGAGCAAGAAGCAGAGCAAGCCUCGGCAGGAAGCUGCGAAGAAGCAAGCCGUUGGCGCGCAGAAAGUGAAGCGUCAAGUGCAUGGCAGACUGGAGACCACGAAGCAGGUGGCUGAAGAGGACGUUGAGAAGCGGAAAGAGACGAAGGAGACCUUGAAAGUUGCGAAGGCUACAGUCAGAGCGCCGAAGCUGGCUUCGUUGUCGAAAAAGGAUCGCACCGUUGAAGAAUCUAGCACGUCGGAUCAGAUGGAUGCUAGGAAGGACAAGCUGAACCUGUCGAGUAUGGAUAAGAAGAGUAGCUUCGAUUCAUCAGGGACUAGCAAGUCGAUCGUGGAGAAGGUGAUUCAGAGGUUCAGCGAUGAUUUUGUGGAUCAGACGAAGGUGGAGAGCACGAAGCAGCAGACUAGUCAUCUGGAGAAGGAAGCGAGGGACAGACUUGCUGAGAAAGCUUUUAGUCCUGAGAAGAAGGUGGUAAUGAAAAAUGGGGCAGUAGUAACGAGACAGUCGACUGAGAAACGGGUAAAGAAGGAGGAAGAGGCAGCUGGGAAAAGGAUGACCGAAGAUACAGAGAGUUCUCAAGCUCAAGAGGCAAAGAGAGCGUUGAAAAUUGCUGAUGCGAGUGAGACAAAGCUAAAAGAGACUACCAUUGAAGACACGUCUGGUAAAGGCAGAAAUGGAGUAGAAGCUGAGAAGUGGACGAAGAAAGAAGAAGACACGGUCGUGAGUAAAAUAACAGGGGACUCUGUGAUUCUCAAAGAUCAGGAAUCAAAGAAAGAAUCCAGAAUUGCUGAUGUUCACGAAGCGAAAGAGAAACUGAAGGAAGCAGCCAUUGCAGCCGAAGUAUUUGAUAAAGGUAUGAUGCUUUUGAAAGAUGAAUCAGUAGAAUCGAAACAUUCGGUUCAGAAGGACACGAAAGAAGAUCACGAGACUGAGGAAAGAAUGGUGGGUGACAUCGCGACUUUCAAAGAUGAGAAAUCAAUGUCGAAGACUCCUGAUCUUCACGAGGCGGAGGAGAAGCUGAAAGAGGCUGCAAUUGCAGUUGUGUUUGAGGAAGGUGUGGCGCCGUUUGAUGCAGAGUUCUCAGAAAAGCCAAGCGAUGGGGAACCUGAAAAGCUAACCGAUGUCACGAGCAUCGCGGAAGUAAGUAGCAAAGAUAGAGUACGAGACGAUGAACGGACAAGUGAAGUCAGCGAGAGCAUGGGGAUUAUAAUUCCGGUUGUUACAGAUGCGUCGCAAACACACGAAAGCAAGGACGAACCGUCAGAAGAAAUGAAGCUGCAAAGUGAUGAGAGCACAGUAAUGAAGCACGAGGGUGACAGUGAUACUGUAGAUAAGAGAAUUGUUGAAGAAACAGAAGGGGUGGCUGAAGAUGUUGGAAAGAUUGAUGAAGUGUUAGAAGCGUCUAAAGAUGAAGAGAAGGUAGAUGUAGAAGAAGAUACAUUGAAGUCAGCGGAAUUUGAGAUGCAAAGUGAUGAGAAAUUAGGUUUGGGAACUAAAGAAGAUGCUGAAGAGAAGCAUGAUGCAGAGAAGAUGAGAGAGAAGGAACAAAUGACGGAAAUGCCAACUGUUGGUAAAACUGAGUUGAUAGACGCGAGUAAAGGGGUCAUGGAAACACACUUUGGAUUGUUAGAUGACGAAGAGACGAGCGUGAAAGAUCAUGUAAGUCACGAUGCAAAGGAAUUUAAAAAAGAGGAAUUGAUAGAACCUGAAGAUGUAGAGAAACAUGCAAAAGAUAUUAUAGGUAAAAGCGAAGAAACAGAAAGGAGGGAUGAAGUUGAGACUGCAAAAGAGGACUUUAAAAUGAAAGAUAAAGAAGAAACUUUGGAUAAAGAAGAAGAAGAAGGCAAAGAAGAAGUUUCGAAGAUUGAAAUCGAUGACCAAUUAACAGUUUCAGACGAAGGGAAAAUCUCGGAGGACGAAACGACGGGCCAUAAGACAGAGGAUCGUCAAGUUGAAAGUGAAAAAGACGCAGCAGAGUCUGCUAUUAAAAUGGUAGAGACUCAUUUGACUGAUAAAGAAACUGUCUUACCUGAUAAGGGAGAUGUACCUGAUCAGAAGGAGUCUCCCAAAGUUACCGAAUCACAUGAUACCGGUUCGACUGAGAAAGAAACUAAACCUGAAGUUAAAGAAAAGACUGAAGGCGACGAAGAAGAACCUGCUGCACAAGAUGAAAUCGAUGAUUACGAGACUACCAAAGAGAAAACAAUUUCUCCAAGCAAAGGAGAAGAAACUAUUCCUAGUGAGACUAGCAAACAUGAAAGUACCGAAGAAGAACGAGCUUUUUUAGAGAAGGCAGCAGCUUCUGAUGAAAAGGAAGAAGCUGCUUCAGAAGAGGUCCGGAUUGAUGAGGUCGGUGAAAAGGAACAGAUCAUCGCGGAUGAGGAUAAAGAAAAAUACAUAAAAGUAGAGAAACCAGAUGAAAAACGUGGAGAUGAAUAUGAAACUAUUCCUUUAAGGGACAAACCAGAAGUUGAUGAUGAAGAGAAGGUCGGAGAGGUAAAACCAGCUGCUGAUCAAAGUGAUGAAAAAGAUGAACAUACAACAGAUGUCUCAACAGUUAAAUAUCAGGAAUUGAUCAGCGAAGAAAAGAGUGAUCUUCCAAAAGGUGCUGAUAAAGAGGACGAAGAUGCUGCUCUAAAAACGUCCGAUGACAAAAGAGCGAGCAUAAAACAAGAGGAGGAUUCUUCAGAACCUCAAGCUGAAGAACAAGUUACCGAAAAAUAUAGUGUUACAGAAGCACCAAUCGCUGUUGAAGAGACUGUGAAAGAAGAAACACCGCAAGGAGAACCACAAUUAAAGCAUCAGACAAGCAAACCCGAAGGCGUUUUUUUAGAAGUGGUCGAAGCAGUUCACUUGUUAGACCAUAAACAAGCGAGUACGAAAUUCAUCGACCACGAAGCAAAAUCUAUGGCAGCUGAGACACCAGUUCGCACUAUCAGUGACACAAUGAAAGAAGAAGAUGGUACUGCUUCUUGCAGUAUAAUCGAUGGCCACACUGAAGUCCCGUCCACAUCGACGGUUGACAUCGAUAAACCCUUUCAUUCGGAUGUGCUUAGAUCUUUCCAACAGACAGAGGAAGAUGACAUGAAGAAAGAAGAAAAGAAGGAAACAGAUGAGUUCCGUGAACACAGAGAUGAAAAAGCUGAAGAAGCAGUUGAGAAGGAUUUGAGUGGAUCAGAUGGAGCAACUACUGAGCCGACUGAUUUAAGAAAAUCAGAAGAAGAUACCAAGGAGAAAGCUUUUACAUUGAUCGGCGAUGUAUCAGCAGAGAGAGAUGUAUCAGACCAUGAAAAAGAUGCGUUAGAUACAAAGCCAGGAAAAGCUAAAGCACUCCAAGAAACCGUGCCUGAAGGACCACCCGAAGAAAUAUACAGAGAAUCCAUCGAGAAAAAAGAUGAAGAGGAAUCUCCAAGUGCAGCAAGCAGCGAGUCCCAAACAACUGAUCACCAGACAACGUCUGAAGAGGCCAGCAAAGAGAAGUUGCUACUAGAGUCUCCGAAAGAUUCUAAGAAGACAACGAAACCCGAAGAGCAGACAGAGCUGGAUCGUUUCAUCGAGAAGCAAAGUUUCAUCGUAGUGGACGAGAGCAUCGCGGCAUUCUUGGACCAAGAAAGACGAAGACAAGAAACAAUGGCUGCUGAAGAACCAGACGAAGAACAGAGAAAAACGGACGAAGAGAAGGAUGAUACGGCAGAGAGGAAGGGAAGAUACGUCGCCGAAGAGUACCCAGAAGUAAGCCUGCCUCUUUUUACCGAAGUAACGCAACAGGACGAUUUAGACGACAGUGAUUCAUCGAGUGAUGUUUCCAGGAAGACGACGCUAACCACAAGACCGUAUCAGACGCCGAGGCAUCGCAGUCGGGAGUCGCUGGAAAGAGAGACCAUCCAAGCAAUGGAGAUCACUGAUCGUCAAAGCCUGGACGACGAGGAGGACGUGUUACUGACUAUCGAGUUAGUGAGAGACGAGGGUCUUCCAAUGUCUCUGAUCGGGACAACGAGGGACGAAGACACCGAGUGCGACGAGGACGCUGCAUCUCCCAGUACACAAAUGACUGCUAAGCUAGUGGACAUGAGGAUAGACAAAGAGGAGGCGCAGAAAGGAUGCUCGAUGUCCGCGUCGGACGAGUCAUCUUCCAGCGCAAGAAAGGACAAGUCUCCGAUCAAGGAACUGCCACCGGUUCCGAAGAGCGUUAAACCUGAUAGCCCAAAGCCCGAGAGGAAGACGAAAGGAGCAGAGAAGAGAAGGCUUCCAGCCCCGCGAAAAAAGAAGAGUUCUUCCGAAGAGUCCUCCGAGGAGAAAGCUCUGCACUUGCAGGAGCAAAUGCUGCAGACUCGCCACCGGCCUCGCAGGAAGUUCGAGAGCGAACAGUCGAAACGUGGUCGGCCAAAGAAGGUGGACGAAGAGCAGCGUCAGAAGCAGCCGGCUGCGAGGCCCAGGGAGAGGAAGGCCAGCGACGAGAAGCACGCGACGCCGUCCAAGGUCCACGAGAAGCACGGUUCCUCGUCCAAGGCCGGCGAGAUCGACACGAGCAAGGCGCAGCCGAAGUACAUGGCCUGGUACAAGAAGAAUCGCGAGGAGAUGGAGAAGAGGAGGGCCGAGCUGAAAGCGUCGGACGACGAGAGUCAGCUGCCUAGGUGGCUGAGAAGAAGCAUGCGAGUUCAGAGGACGAAAGAGGAGAAGAGGAAGGAGCAAGCCGAGGCGACCUCGUCGCGAGGCAAACGCAGGGUCAAGCCACUGGUGAACGUCGAGUCGGAGCAGCUGAAGGCCAUCGUCCGACAAGGCAGGAGGCUGAGGAAAGCCGAAGGCGGCAAGAACGAGGACCCUCCUGUUCAGAUAUUCGCGACCUCGCCGCCUGCUGUACCCCCGUCAGAUCCCAAGCAUCACCUCGUGCAGCAUUCCGAGUACAAAUACGAGAAACUGCCGGCGCCAUUUUAUCUUCAUCCCCCGCCGGCUCCUCAUCCUUCGCCACAACUGUCUCCUGAACACUUCGAAGCUGAACCCGCGCUGGAACAUCAACGCGUCGAGGAGGACUUCGACUCUGGGAUUGCGAUACCACUGCAGGGCGGCGCCAGGUUGAGGCACCAACAGCUUCUAGAGAAGAAGAGCGUUUUUGAUAUCGCGUACAGCGAGGCUGCGCCUUCGCAGCUUCGGGCUGACAGCACCACUCCUCCUUCUUGAAUCCUUGGGCGUUUCGCUGAAGCUGGGACUUCCGAUGGAACGUAGAAUCACGGUUUCGUUAUGGGGCUUGAUACGGAAGCGGUCAUUUUAAGACGUUGAAAAUUUUAUUUCAGUUGUGGCCAUAUUGUAUUACUGUUACGUAUUUAUUUAGUUUGCUUCGUUUCAAGAUCUACGGUCGCAUGUUUCAUUUUCUUAAUAUCAAGCAUGAGGCUGCGAAGUUUGAGCAAGACACAGUUCUUGCUGAUGAGGCUUUCGGGUGCAAGCCGUCUCCUUUUGGAAAAGUUAUCUCAACGUUUCGCAAGCAUUGCAGCUAGCUUCAUUAGGAGCAGAGUUCAUUUCAGAUAAUAAAUAUCGAGUUAUAGAUUAAUAGAUAAUAAUUAAAUUAGCAUUUAAUUAAAGGAUAUAUAAUUUGCAAAUGAUCAUAAAUUGAAGGAUCAUUUAAAUAAUUUCGCAAAUAAAUUUAUUAUUUCUUAUAUGCAGAUAGAAUGUUAUUUUGAAUGUUAUAUUUUAUAUUAAACUUGAUCUGACGAUGAUCACUUGACGCACAAAACGCAGGGUUGCUAUCUUGAAAGUAGAUUUUUGGAAUUGUUGAAACCGGUUAGGUGUCACCAUAGAAUUCUAAAUGUAGUAUACGGAUUUACCGAUGACAUUAGCGUUUGAUUCUCCAAUCAUCUGCGAGGGAGAAAAGUGUUAUGAUGUGUACGUGUACUUGGAAUUAGCGAAAGCUAUGAUUCGGCGAUAUCGUAAUUAAAUAUUACAAAUAUAUCGUAUUGCAAACUGCAAUAUUAUCAUAACGGAAUAUUUAAAAGUUCAUUUCUUAAUCGAACGUAUACAUAGAGCUAUAUAACAAUAAGAAGCAUCGGUAUCUUGGGAUAAGUUUGUUCAUCGUACAGGGUGUCUUCGAAAUACGGGCUAACAAUUGUACAUGGAAAAAUCAUUCGAAAAAUGUGGAUAACAGUUUUUUGUUCGAGAAAACGUUAAUAAUUUUUUACAAUUGAUUUUUGCAUGUAGAAUCGCCGCUUAAUCGAUUUUGAAGACACCCUGUACAAUUACUGUAGAUACCAAUAGAAACGUAUUUCAUUGAAGUCGAAUAGUAAUAGAUUAUGAUUGCAGUUUCAUCAAAUUAUUUCGUCCAUAAAAACUGUACACAUGUUUAAUAGAAUCUAUUUAUGUACACUUUGUUCAAUUAAUUUUGUUACGGAUGACGUUGUACGAUUUAAGGAAAUAGUAUAAUACUAACAGGCUACUAUAGUAAUUUAUUUCAUCGUGUUCCAUAGGUCAGGAAAUUCGGUUAAAGACGAACUUUACAUGCUGUUACUUUGGGAAUACUUUUGUUAAUUGUUAACUAGUUUUUCUUACGUGCUAAGAAUUAAAAUAAGCCAUCUUACAUGAAUUUAUGAAAAAAUGCGAAUCUAGUUAAUUUAUUCACUGAUAAGGGAUGACAUAGUUUCGAAAACGUUACGACUGCCGUCUGAAAAGGAACGAUUAAAAAUUAUUAAUACGACGACCAAUUUUUCAUUGUGACUGUUAACUCCAGUGCUACGAUAUUUAUAAUUAUAUUGUAAAUAUAUACGUGUAAAAUCUGAGACUAUA